GGCAGAGGAGCCCUUCAGAUGGCAGCGCUGGCAUAAAAACUUGCCAGAAUUCAGUUUUUGUUUUUUUUAUCCUUUACUUGUUUAACUAACUAGUCGUUGUAUGUCUAGUAGUGGUGCUUGUGGAGGAGCUAGCCUGGCUGUAUCAGCAGCGAACCAGGAAACAGGCUAGUUAGUGCUGUUAGCCUAACAGCUAAAGUUGCAGUUGGGCAGCUGGUUUCUUCGAGUUAGCCUCGAUGAGGAAACCCAACCCAGCUUUCAAUGCUGUAAACAAGACUGACCAGCUUGUCUGGAGUUAGCUAGUUGGCCGCUUGUCAAAGAAAAAUUACAGCAGAAUGACAGAGGAUGCCAUCCUGUUGAAUGUGCCUGUCAUUCGGCAGCUGUACCACUGGGAUUGUGGAUUAGCCUGCUCCAGGAUGGUCCUGAAGUACCUCCACCCAGUCUGUGACGAGGAGUUUCAGAGAGCAUGCUGGGAGCUGAAGCUGACAGAGAGUGUGUGGACUAUUGACCUGGCCUACCUCAUGUGCCAUCUAGGAAUCAGACACUGCUUUUGCACGCAGACUCUGGGCGUUGAUAAGGGUUUUAGGAAUCAGUCCUUUUAUAAGAAGCAUUUUGAUACAGAAGAAGACAGAGUGAAUGAGCUCUUCCUCAAAGCAGAAAGCAAAGGUGUGGUGGUGAGGAAAUGUUCCGUAACUGUUCAGGAAAUCCAGGCUCAUCUGGAGCAGGGCCACGUUGCCAUAGUGCUGGUCAACGCUGUCGUCUUGACGUGUGAACUGUGCUCCUCACCUGUCAAAUACUGCUGCUUCCUGCCCGUGGGUCAGAAGUGUUUCUGUAGGAAGCCAGAGUACCAAGGUCACUUUGUGGUCGUGUGUGGCUUCAACAGGACCACAGGCUGUAUUUUCUACAACAACCCUGCGUAUUCUGAUAGGGUGUGCUGCACCAGCGUCAGUAACUUUGAGGAGGCUCGGCGGAGCUAUGGGACAGAUGAGGAUAUCCUGUUCAUCUUUAAGGAGAGUUGAUGGACAGUGAUGAUGGAUUUGGAUUUCACUCUUCCUCAGCUCAUCAUUGUAUUGAUAUCAUGUUGCUGCAGGUCUCCAGUCCUGGACUGUCAGCAGAUCCCCUGGACUAUCCUCCCCUGGUGCUAAUAAGCCCGACUGCUCACAGGAAAAAGAUCUCUAACACUUGCUGCAGAAUCACCGCUCUCUUAUUCCCUCUUACACCGUCAGUACUACUUGACCUGUGAUAGAUUAACAGCGAAUAAUUCAAAAUCUAUUUAUUAUUUUUAUUUCCCUUUUUGACAUGAGCAGAUAGUUCAAAGGAAUUUUAUUGUCUUUGUUGAAUUUUAAUGACUGCAGUUGCUCAUAGAUAGAAUCUACUGAAAUGUCAGACUUUGAGCAGAGGAUUUCAGACUUGUGAAACUACAGUGGAUGAAAUGUGGGAAUCAAAACCUAGAAUUACCAGGAAAUAGUGUUCAUAUAAUUCAGGGCUGAUGAUGACAACAAUUUGUAUAGAAAAUUUAAUUGUUCUGUUCAGUGUUGAAGUCUGACAGGAUUCAUCUGUAGUCACCGCCCUCACCUCCACUUGCCCUUGUAGGAUUCCUCCUAACUCACCCCCUACUCACUUUUUAUUCAGAUGAUUCAAUCAACAGGGAAAACAGGAGUUGUAGUGGUUGUGCUUUGAGAGUCUCAGGUAAUUAAUGCCCUCAAGUGUGACAUGCGUAACAAAUGAAAAAACUAGUUCAAUGCAAUACUCCCAUAGUCUGUCUAUGGGUCUCAAUCUGCCUGCAGAAGAACAUGGAUAGUGGAUGGACACAUUGAAACAUGAACUCACCGGUUUCGUUCACUUCACAGGGAAAACAAAUGUCUCAACAGCUUGUGUCCAUGGCAACAUACUGGUGAGGUGAAUGCAUUGUUUGCUUGUUUUGAUUAUGUGGAAGGACAAAGGUGUAAUUUUCUCUGUGGAAAGCAGUGAACACUAGCUAAUUUACACAUUGUCACUCAGUUUUAUUUCUAUUUUUGGUAUUAUGUAUACAUUUUUGCACUACACUUUUCAUAUCAGAUAUAAUUAUGUGUUAUUUAAAUUGAACAUUUUAUCAUGAAAUUGCUUUUCUGAAUCCAUAAAAAGUGUUAAUUCCUGGUUGUGCUUUUUGGUAAGACUAAACUGCACAUUCAAAACCACAAACUUUAUUUUUUAUUAAACAUAGAUCUGCAUUUAUUAUAUGUUACAAUUAAAGGAUUUGAACACAU